GUCUUAUUUAACGAUAUUUACAGCACAAUAAUUUCUGAUCACCGUUUACCCACACGUGCGCCAUUUGCCGGUUGCUCACCAAAAUGAGCAUCCCUACUUUCAUUGACAUAAAGGUUGAGAACCAGACAAGUGAAUUGCGUUCAUACCUGAAAGAGCUUGGUGCAGAAAUCUCUGAAGAAAAUGUUGAGGACAUUGUCAAAGACUUGUUACAAUGUAUAGAAGUGAGCGAUGUUUGCUGGAAAGAGGUUACUUCAGACAGUGAUUUGGAGAUGGUUUUCAAUGGUAUAAUCUCCAUGCUGCUGGUAGUACCUUCAGAUCGAAAUGAUGAUCUGGUGCAUUUAUUCUGUAAAAAAGUUGCCAACUUACCCAAGGGUGACAAAAAAGGAAGUGUUCGAUUACGAAUACUAUCCAACCUGUUCCACGGGCUUGGAGAUAAGUCUGCGUUAAAGGCAGAUAUCUACCUCAGCUUGUUGCGGCUCUCCAGAGAUGCAGAUCUGGCCUCCAUGGUGAUCACAGAUCUUGACCAGGUAAAGAAAUGGAUAUCUGAGUGGGAUAUUGGCACACAGAAGAUACAAAACAUAUACAGAGCUCUCCAUGAAACUCUAAUAGCUGCUAGAAUGAGUGAGCAGGCAACCAAGGUGAUGAUAGAGUUGUUGGGAACUUACACAGAGGAUAAUGCUUCACAGGCAAGAGAUGAUGCUCAGAAGUGUAUAGUGACCUGCUUAGAAGAUCCAAACACAUUUUUGUUGGACCAUUUGUUGACAUUAAAACCAGUAAAGUUCCUUGAAGGAGCAUUAAUACAUGAUUUAUUGACAAUAUUUGUGGCUGGGAAGCUUACACAGUACCAGCAGUUCUAUAAAAACAAUCAAGAAUUUAUACAGUCAUUGGGUCUGUCACAUGAUGAGAACCUGCGUAAGAUGCGUCUACUGACGUUCAUGCAGAUGGCCGAGACAAGGAAGGAGAUCGACUAUGAGAGCAUACAGAAAGAGAUGGACCUGAAUGAAGAUGAUGUGGAGGUCUUCAUUAUUGAUGUGGUUAGGACUCGGGCUGUGCAGGUGAAGAUUGACCAGCUGCAGCACAAGGUGAUCAUCACGGCCACGAUGCACCGCACGUUUGGGCGCCAGCACUGGCAGCUGCUGCACCAGAACCUGCAACGCUGGCAACAAAACCUCAGCAAUGUGCAGACCAACCUCCGGGCCUUAGAAAUCAUGCAGCAGCAGGCACAGACUGUACCACAGUAGACCAGACAGUGUACACCUUAAAAAGCAAAAGAUUGUUUUCUGAAGUCUAUUUCAAAAGAUUUGCAAGCUUUUGCCAAACUAAAUCACAACAUUUUUGCAAUUGUCUGCCUACCCGGAUCACAUUAGACUUGCGUGACUAAAAGAUUGUAGAAUUCAAAGUUCCCAGACUAAUACUUUGAUCAUUGUGUCAGAGUUUUCUCUUGAUUUGUGAAGUGCUUGUUUGUGACAGCGAUUUUCGUAGGUGUAAUUAUUUUUUUAAAAAUCAUGAAUGACAAUUGUUGCUUAGUGAUUAAAAAAUUUCAGCUUUCAUGUUUGUCAAGUUGACAUUGAGGGGCAAGUGAGGUGGUGUGCAUAUUAAACAGUUAUUUUAGUAGUAUUAUUAACAAGAUAAAUGUUUUAUGCACAGCAUUUCACUUGCCCCUAUCAAAAAACAAAUGAAUGUCUAUAUUUAUUUAAUGUGUUCAUCAGUGAAUAGUCGUGUUGGUAAAUUAAUAAGCUAGAUGUUGUAAUUGAUAAAAAUAAAGCAACAUUAAAUUAUAACACCUGAAAAAUGCUUUACAUCUGUGUAUUUAAGAAAUAAAAUAAUCCUGGUAUA